AGCUCAGCACUGCAUCCGUGUAUAAUUCCGAUACGAUUGACGCGCACCAACGUCUAGACGUUGUAGAAGUCGCUCGGCGCUAGUGAUCCAUGGCCUUUACGAAGCCACCUGGUGGAACGUCCGCACCGAACAUCUGUUACAACACACCACCAACAUGGCCCUGCACGUUUAGACCAUCCCCCGAACCAUGCCCUGCCAUUCAUGCUACAUCUAACUACAGCAUCUUUCUCCUACAAUGGCGACAGCUAACACUUCAGAACCAGUACAAAACUCUAUAGGUCAGAAUUCGUUUCGAAACGCAGCUCAAGGCUGACAACGCCAUGUCCACCUCAACUAACAUGAUACCAGCUUCAAUCUCGAAGGUGAAGAAGAAUAAGAAAAAGAAAAAGGCUCCUGCAGCCAGAGUAGAACCCGAGUCUCAAAGCUCAGAAGUCAAUGGAGCGCCAGACCAUGUUGAUGUGGAUGACGUGGAGGAUGGAGAAGAAGAGCCUGAGACACCCGUGGUAAGGCUACCUGCGCGGCUUGAAAGAGCUACAUGAGCUGACCAGACCGUCGACUCAAUCACAUCGAAUAGAGACAGAAGACAAGGAAUUGGUCGUCGCGGAACCUGCACUAUCCAAAGACACUACGACAAAUGGAC